AUGUGUAGAACGAGCUCUAUUGACGCAAUCAUGUUCAAGAAUUUGGUGCCCAGGUGCACACCCAAAAUCUUCUUUAGAAGCUAUCAGAUCCCAACCACUACAAGAAAGAUAAUUCCAAUUUAUUCACCGGUGGAAAAAAUUCAAUCAUCAAAUAUUCUAGAGCGCUUAUCGAGGCAGGAAUUGGACACAAAACUGGACCCAAACGGAUGGAGAAGAAAAAUUAUCUCUAAAUCGAAGAACAGCCUGAAUGCUGGCGAUGUCGUAAGGGUUGUAUACGACGCUGAAAAGUGUUCAUAUGAUAAUUUUGUUGGCUAUGUUCUAUCAGUAGAUCGAAAGAGGUUAAUUCAGGAUGCGUCCGUUUUGCUAAGAAAUCAAAUAGCUAAAACUUCCGUUGAAGUGAGGGUACCAAUUUUCUCACCAUUGGUUGAAAGAAUAGAUGUACUCAGAAAAUCAGACAGUAGAAGGAAGAGAAAUAAGCAUUAUUACAUCAGAGGUACCAAGCUGGAUGUCGGUGAUUUGGAAGCAGGUCUCAGAAAAAAAAGGUAA